CAAAAUGAAACGGGCUGUUAUCCCAAAGAACGUGGCAAUCUUCGUCGCUUCUUCCCUUUGUGCACUGGUUGUUGUGGCCAGGUCCAGAGAUUGUUAGGGUUAUACUUUCUGCCACUCACACGGCCACACACUCACCGAUCUCACUGAUCCACUUACUCCGGAGACUCACAGCUACCGCAGGCUUAAUUAGGGUUAUGUGGUGUUGCUGUUCCAAGGUGUGGAGAUGGUGCUACUUGGGGAAUUUAGCCUUAUUAGAUCAAGAUUUUUGUUUUAAAGAAGCAAAGAGUGGAAGUACCUAUCAGUGAUGCCUGAUCUUCCAUUCCAAGUUGGGGAUUUGGCUGAGUCAAAGUCCUUUCAAAGUGGUUUUCGGGGUGCAUGGUUUCGUUGCAAGAUUAGAGAUAUCCGCACGAAAAAAGCUGUCAUAUCCCAUCUAUUGGAGUAUUUUGACUACACUGACCAAAAGCCAAGUUGGAUCAAGUUGUAUCAAAAGCCUCUAACUAAUAUUGGCAAGUCAAAGGGCUUGAACAAGGAACUGAUGUUGCGACCUUCAUUCCCUACUUUCUCUCGUGAAAGUGAAAAGCUUGAUGUGAAUGCCAUAUCAGAAAUGACUGUUAUUGUUAAUAACACAUGGAAAGUUGGGGAUUUGGUAGAUUGGUAUACCGAUGGUUGCUAUUGGUCUGGAACUGUAACUAAAUUAUUGGGGAAUGAUAAAGUUCAGAUUAAUCUGCUUCCUCCUCCACUGGGUGAAGGGUUAUCUUAUGAAGCCUUAAGCAAGGAUUUGCGCCCAUCUUUGGACUGGUGUCCUGAAAAAGGUUGGUCUGUGCCUAUACCCGUGGGUGAUGAAUGUAGGCAGCCUUGUGCUCGUAUAAUCAUUCCGGCAAAUUCAGAUGUAACGGAUGAGGUUGGUCGGCAUACAGUAAGGAUGCAUUCUUCUUCAUCUUUAAAUUUGAAAGACUAUCCGGAUAGAUCCAUAGCAAGGAGAAAGCAAAGCAACAGUGCUAGAAAUGGUAUGGAGAUUAACGAGUCUGAUAACGUUUCAAGUUUACACAUGGAUUCGUCAGUUGAGAUUAUGGAAAUAGCUAGCAUCAGUCGUAUAUAUAAUGAGGAUCCCGCAAAGAAGAGCAGCGACAGAAGUCUCUAUCUUAAUUCCAUGUCUUCCAAUACUAUAGAAGCUGCAAUCAUGGACUUGGAGGAACUUGUGAACAGGAUUAAAUGGUUAAGGGAUGUGUUGAAUUUGAGGGUGUCGCCUUUAUCAGAUACUAAACAGUCUUGGGAGUUUUCGAAACAUCAUCCAUCAUGCAAAUGAUGGUUCUGUAUUCAAUGUUUAACCUCGGCAUAAAUUUCUUUUUUCUCAAAUAUAAUUCUAGAGCUUUUAGACAGUUUAUUUUGGAUAUAUAGUUGGUUAGUAUAUUUUUGGAACUUAAUGCAUUGUACCUUGGGCUUUCAUGGUUGGCAA